AUGGCACCUUCUCGCUCUCCCGCACAUGAAACUUCCUUCAAGGUCCAAACCACUCUCAGUGGUUCAUUUGGCCAAAACUUGCCGCAGACUCUAUUCACAACAAAGAACGCAAACAGAAUUACCAAGACACAGCCAUCAUCAAAACCAAAGUCUAAGUCAACCAAGUCCCUUUCUUCUCGUCGUGUUUUGACCGACGUGCUUUUGGCCAUUAAGCCAGAACACCUGGAAAACAUCGCCAACCGCAAGAAGAAUCACGAGUAUCGCAAAUAUCGGCUGCGCGACGGGGUCACACGAAUCUGGUUCUACGAGACACGUGAAGGCGGCGCGGGUCGAUCUGCUAUUACCCACAUUGCCGUUAUUCCUGAAUCACUGCGCCAUACCCCUGGCUCUGUACCUGAAGAGCCAUUCGGUAUUGGCAAUCAUGACUUCAAUGCCGGGUUGAAGCAAUCCAAGUACGGUUAUCCUGUUCUCGAACUCUAUGAGCUGGUUCGCCCGGUGACAUUAGCAGAGAUGAAGAGCCAGUGGGGGCUCAAUGCGCCUAUGGGUUGGCAAUACGUUGAGAGGCAACUGUGGGAGGAUAGAUGGGGAAUGGACAAUGAUAGAGCGAACAAAGUCAAACUUAUUUUUUAA